UUGUGACGGUGCGGCGUGAACCUUCCGGACUCCAGACGUGUUUUGGUCGUGAUCAGUCAUGGAUGAGGAGCUGCUGUCUCUGACAUCUUCAUCAUCGUCGGCAGAAGAGGCUGCCAAACCGAAAGAUUUGUCUCCGGAAGAUGACAGCCGCCUCCCACAAAGCCCACAGGGAGACAAGGCAGCCGAAGACUUAUGUCUGGUGAAGGAGAGCCUUCUGCCGGUGGAGGAGCAGCACUCCGUGAUCACCGACAGCAUGACAGUCACCUCCACGGACCAGGAGAAGCUGCUCCUGCUCAACAGGAACACGGAGCUGCGUCGAGUCAACAGAGAGCUGAUGAAGCUCAACGAGGACUGGGACAGUGUGUACCGAAGUGCCACGCAGGGGCUUCAGAAGCAGCUCCGGAGUCUGGAGCUGGAGAACAGCGCAGUCAAACACCUGACCGGACGUCUGCUCCUCAAGGCGGAGCAGCAGCAGGCUGCAAAGGACUAUUUCGAGCGCGAGUUGAUUCAAGAGAUGAAGAAGAAUCAGGAGCUCCAGAGUCACAUCCAGCUGCUGGAGAGCCGCCUGCACCGGGUGGACGACAGCGAAGCCACGACACAGGGCGACGGCAGUGCCGGCAUGUACGGCACCAGCCUGCGGCUCCCCCCCGGCCCUGAGCCGCCCUCCAGUCAGCCAGGCACAGGAAGCAGCCCCUGCAGCCACAUAGAUGCCCAGCAGGAGGUGAAGGAACUGACGGAGCAGCUGGAGGCUCUACGACAUCAGGUGAAGAUCUACGAGGCUGAAUAUCAGUGUGAGCACAAGACACACAAGCAAACCAAACAGGAGAACCAGAGACUGAGGAGGAAGCGAGAAGAGAUGGGCCAGCAGGUGGCACUGUUGCGAGAGCAGUUGAAGAUCUACGAGGAUGACUUCUACAGGGAGCGCUCUGACAAACAGGUGCUGCAAAGGCUGCUGAUGAAAAAAGCCCCGACCAAGGAGGCGGUGCUGGUUCACCGCUGCAACAAUGCGGAGCAGCCGUAUGAGCGGCAGAAGGCGGAGCACUCACACAGGAAAGGAGGCCAGGUAGCAGCUAGGCUGCCUAACUCGGAGUCCAACUGAGAAGCAACACAUCUUUAUCUGUAAUGUCAAGGCCCUCUGUCGCUGCUGCAGCGCGAGGACUUCAUGACAAACGUCUGCAGUUUUGAUGAGUUUUAAGAUGUUUGAUUCCAGUCGAGUCCAAUAGGACGUCUGGUGGAGCAGUGGUGAGGUUAUGGCAACCUGAUCCUCUUUCUGUCGUAUUUAUUUGUGCCGAUUGUGUUUAUUUAUGUUUCAUGAAAUUCUUUUUACGUUGCUUUUUGUCACACAAUAAAAGUUUCUU